AUGUUUUGUAUCAGCCUUACAGCUGUGGAGAUGCUUCGUCAUUUACAGAAACUCGAGAUCAAAUGUAUGGCUCUUAGUAUCAUUUCCAGUCUUGCUAUCCGUUUCCUCCUUAGUUCUAGGAGUCGUAUUCCUUUUUUCACUCUCAUGAUUGUCACGCGCCUUGUCAUAUACCAUCAUACAAUCAAAAUGUUGGUGGGGAGUAAAUAUGCUAGUCAUUAUACCAGCAUAUCGUCCAUGUUCAUCGAAUCGGCGGCGAUUAUCAACAUCUUGGCGCUUCUCACUCUCAUUGGUGUGAAACUGAGGAGUCCAGUGGUUAGCCUUGUGCUUCUGAGCUACGGCCAGAUUGAGGCAUUGGCCUCAUUCAUGAUCAUAUACAGGGUGGCAAAAGGCACCGCAUGGUCGUCUGGAACGGCCCACGAGUUGAUUUCCCAGAACGUUGCAGGAAAUGGCGGCUUCAAUCCCAGCGUUCCCGAUGCUGCGCGGCUUUCAGCAAUGAGGUACAGAGUCUCACCGAACAUGACGCAAAUCAGCACGUCAUUCAAUUUCACUCAUGGCACCGGAUCACUGAACGUCCUGUCAAGUUCGGUGACAGAGCCGAGUGUUGGACCAGCAACCUUCGAAGCACCCUCAGAAAGAGAGCAGUGA